GUUGAUGGGUGGUGGUUGAGCCAAAAACCAUAUAAAUAUUGCCACUUUUGCGGCCUCUGUCUCAGCUCAUCAGCUUCCUCGGCCUCUCUCUUCCUUCUGGCUUCUUCUCCAUUCAUCAGAGACUCCCACAAAAACCAGCCAAAAAAUGGGUUCAACCGGUGAAACCCAGAUGACUCCAACCCAAGUCUCCGACGAAGAAGCAAACCUCUUUGCCAUGCAACUCGCCAGCGCCUCUGUUCUUCCCAUGGUACUCAAAUCAGCCAUAGAGCUCGACCUCUUGGAGAUAAUGGCUAAGGCUGGGCGUGGCGCAUAUCUUUCGCCUUCAGAGAUCGCUUCCCAGCUCCCAACCACGAAUCCAGAUGCCCCUGUUAUGCUGGACCGUAUCCUUCGCCUCCUGGCUAGCUACUCUGUUCUCACUUACUCCCUGCGCACACUCCCUGAUGGCAGGGUUGAGAGGCUGUACGGUCUGGGCCCUGUUUCCAAAUUCUUGACUAAGAAUGAGGAUGGUGUAUCUAUUGCUCCUCUCUGUCUCAUGAAUCAGGAUAAGGUCCUCAUGGAGAGCUGGUACUACCUGAAAGAUGCAGUUCUAGAAGGUGGCAUUCCAUUCAACAGGGCCCAUGGAGUGACCUCUUUUGAAUAUCAUGGGAAAGAUCUUAGAUUUAACAAGGUUUUCAACAAGGGAAUGUCUGAUCACUCUACCAUUACCAUGAAGAAAAUCCUAGAGACCUAUAAAGGCUUUGAAGGCCUAACAUCGGUGGUGGAUGUUGGUGGUGGGACAGGGGCUGUCCUUAGUAUGAUCGUAUCUAAAUACCCUUCUAUAAAGGGCUUCAAUUUCGAUUUGCCGCAUGUCAUCGAGGAUGCACCAUCUUAUCCUGGUGUGGACCACGUAGGAGGAGACAUGUUUGUUAGUGUUCCAAAAGGAGACGCCAUUUUCAUGAAGUGGAUAUGUCAUGAUUGGAGUGAUGAGCACUGCUUGAAAUUUCUGAAGAACUGCUAUAAAGCUCUUCCAGACAAUGGGAAGGUGAUUGUUGCUGAAUGUAUUCUUCCAGUAGCACCAGACACUAGCCUCGCGGCCAAGGGAGUCAUCCAUAUAGAUGUUAUCAUGUUGGCUCAUAAUCCUGGUGGGAAGGAGAGGACAGAGAAGGAGUUUGAGGCCUUGGCUAAAGGGGCAGGAUUUCAAGGGUUCCGAGUAAUGGGUUGUGCUUUCAACACAUAUAUUAUGGAAUUCAUUAAAAAGCUUUGAGUCCUUGGCUAAAAGGGGUUGGAUUUCAAGGGCUGGAUUGUGUUGUCAAUAUCUGUAUCAUGAAAUUCAUUAUAAAGCUGCAUUUGGGUUUUGAGGUUGUGACUGUGUCUGGUUCGCUGGUGGCUUUCUGAUAUAUGUGGUUUCUAGUCAGAGCAGAAAGAGAAGACUAAAGAAAACAUAGUAAUAUGAAAAUGAUGUACUUCUUGUAAGAAAUAAGAUCUUUGAGUUUGGAUUUCUAUA